CGAAGAACGUGACGUCAUCGUCACGUGGUCAGCCACACUAGCGGUAGCUCAUGAAUUAAGAACCUGCUUUGUAUCUACAAUAAGGCUGGAAAUUAGUCCUCAUGGCAACAGAGGGUGUGGAAAAGACGACUGAAGAUGCUCCAGCAGCUGGGAAGGUCAGCACCAGGUAUGACCUGGAGAAAGAGACUGAACUUCGGUUUGAGGUGGAGGCAGGAGAAGCAGCAGAGCAACUUGAGCUGGAGCUCCUCACGGGAAUGGCUGAGGUGUUUGGCUCUGAGCUGAACCGAAACAAGAAGUACACAUUUGGACCAGGCUCUAAGAUAGCAGUUUUCACCUGGCAAGGCUGCAGUGUCAAUCUUUAUGGGAAGCCAGAGGUGGCUUAUGUGUCCAAGGAUACUCCCAUGCUGCUCUACCUUAACACACAUGCUGCCCUGGAACAGAUGAGAAAACAAGCAGAGAGGGACAAUGAGAGAGGGCCAAGGGUGAUGGUGGUGGGACCUACAGAUGUGGGGAAGUCGACAGUGUGCCGGCUGCUAUUAAGCUAUGCUGUAAGGGUGGGCAGGAGGCCAACACUGGUGGAACUGGAUGUCGGACAGAGUGGGGUGUCUGUACCUGGGACAGUGUCAGCACUGUGCAUUGAGCGUCCAGCAGACGUGGAGGAGGGUUUCUCAGUCCAGGCUCCUUUGGUCUACCACUUUGGUUCUACUACCCCUGGGACCAACAUCAAACUUUACAACAAGCUGACGUCAUGCUUGGCCGAGGUGUUUUCCCAGCGCUGUGAGGUGAACAGGAAAGCCAGCGUGGGAGGCUGUAUCAUCAACACCUGCGGCUGGGUGAAGGGCUCUGGAUACCAGGCCCUGGUCCAUUGUGCCUCUGCCUUUCAGGUGGAUGUGGUGCUGGUGCUGGACCACGAGAGGCUCUACAAUGAACUCAAGCGGGACCUCCCUCACUUUGUGCGGGUUGUGCUCCUACCGAAGUCCGGGGGGGUGGUGGAGCGCUCCAAGGAGUGCCGACGGGAGACUCGGGAUGAGAAGAUCCGUGAGUAUUUCUAUGGCUUCCGUGGAGUGUCCUUCUACCCUUUUUCAUUCGAGGUUCGUUUCUCAGAUGUUCGCAUCUAUAAGAUCGGGGCGCCGUCCAUCCCAGACUCUUGCCUGCCACUGGGAAUGUCUCAGGAUGACACACAGUUAAAGCUGGUGCCCGUGACACCAGGGAGAGACCUCACGUAUCAUGUGCUGAGCGUGAGCAGUGCUGAAGACGGAGAGGAAGGUGCUAGAAAGGGUAUAGUGGAGAGCCCUGUGUGUGGCUUCAUUGUUGUGACUUACGUGGACACGCAAGCACAGGUGAUGAAAGUCCUGUCUCCAGCACCCAGACCACUACCCAGGCACACUUUACUUAUUAUGGACAUCCGCUUCAUGGACAUGAAAUGAAGGAACACUUCAGGGAAGACGACUCUGUGGGGCCCAUGUAAGGGAAGAGUUCUGUUAAGAACAAGUUUGUACCAGGGGAGCUGGAUUUUGUUUCUUGUCUUGUAUGUGCUUUGUACAGGCUACAGAGGACAGAGAAAAGAUUUAAAUACUGACAUUGGUCACUGCUGUAAAUUCUGCCCCAUUUUAUAGACAAUACAGUUCAGAUGUUUGGGCAGUUUGUGGCAACAGAUGUUUUUUAUCAGUGGGAGAAUUAUUUUCUUGAUAAUCUGUUUUUUAAAUGUUGCUUUUUUUCAUGAUUAAUAAAUUUUAAAUGUAAAAAGUGCUGUGUUUUGUAUUAACCACACAAGAAGUUCCAUGGCCAGCAUAUUUUCCUAUCCUGCAUGUGCACUGUAUAUCAGGUCACAUUUAUUUGCAUAUGUCCAGUACCUAAUGGACUGGCUAUGAAAAACUGAAAAACAUUUGUGUGUCUGUACUUAACUGCAAUUUAAUCACUCCCGGAAAAAGUUUAAAACUCCAUAGCUUUUCCUGGGUUUUUAUAGCUGAAGACUUGCUGUAGAUUUUGCAAAGUAUUUCCACAAAGCUUCAUCCAGCAGCGCAAACAGCUUUUGAAUGUGUCUGUAAAGUGGGAGAUGUUUGCUGGCCUGUUGUAUAUGCCCUGUAGUGGUCGUAGAAAAGGACAUAAGAUCAACGGUGGAGUCUAACAUGAACAUCGAGUAUAUUAAUGUUAAAUUUACUUUCUUAGAACUGUGCUUAAGUACACUUUGAAGGUACUUUACAUGAGUAUUUCCUGUUUGUGAUUCUCACUCCCUCAGACAGAUGUAUUACUCAUAAUGGUGCCAUUUUACUUAUUGAGUACUGUUACUUCUGAUACUUUUGCUGUUAAUACUUAUAGCAGCUUGAUUUAAUUAAACUUUUGAGUCCAGGACUUUUACUUGUAAUGGAGUAUUUUUAUACUUUGGUAUUGCUGCUUUUACUUCAGUAAAAGAUCUCAAUUCUUCCUCCACCACUACAAAGGAAAGUUAUCAGACAUACCAGUAUGUUAGUGAGUGUUUAGUAGCAAUACAAUAUGAACUCAUAUGUUUGUUCUGUCAACAGCUCAUCAGAUGUAUGUUCUGUUAAUAUUUCACACCAUUAAAAUGGAUAUUUAACGUGAACAAUGUAAGUGGGACACAAUAUGCCACUGUACAGUAACUUUAAUCAACACUCAUCAACACAACACUGAGAUGCCCAAUGUGUGCCAGUAUCUCAAACACUGCAUACAUGUUAUUUACAUAAAUGCAACACUGACAAAACAAAUAAAGAUGUACAUUAUA